AUGGACAUAUUUCGUCGGCUUGCUGCGGAAGCGCCUGAGCCCCGAGGGUUUCGGGAGGACAAACCGACACUUAUUAUGAGUUGGUGGUGUACUAUCUAUGCGAUUACUACCAUAUUACUGCGGAUUGCCGGGCGGUAUAUUAGGACUGAACAUAUCUAUAUUGAAGAUAGAGUUAUGCUUCUGGCUAUCGUGCCGCUUCUUAUCCGGAUAGCCGUAGUACACCCUAUCCUCCUCUAUGGUACCAAUAAUACCGUUAUCACAGAAUUAUUGCCAGCAAGUAUUCGCCAGCGAGAAAUAGGAAGUCAGCUUGUGCUAGCCUCACGGGUGAUGUACGCCGCAUAUCUCUGGAUGGUAAAAUAUAGCACCAGCGUCUUCCUCUUCAGCCACAUCAGGAAAACCUCCCCCCGACAUGUCCACCGCUUAGAACAUCUCCUCCUAUCUCUUACAUUCCUGGCGACUUUUAUUAGCGCUCUAGCACCAUGUCAACCGUUUACACAUUACUGGCAAGUGGUGCCGGAUCCGGGACCCCAAUGCCGACAAGGAUACGUCUUUUUGUUUGUAAUGGGUACUCUAAAUAUCAUCACGAAUCUAGCCUUUGUCGUUCUCCCUCUCCGGGUAGUGUUUAUGUCAAGUUUAUCGAAGAUACAGAAAUUCUCUAUAACUGUUCGCCUUGCUCUACCGCUGGCUAGCGUAGCACUCACUCUCUACCAAAUUCCCGCAGUCAUCCAGCACCAGGGUCUUCAGCCCUUCCGCACCCUCAUCGCCUCCAUAGACAUUCUCCUCGCAACAGUCGUGGCCAAUGCCCCGGUCCUCGUCUCACUCAUCCAAGACCGCGGCGCAAAGAAGAGCAAGUUUAAAUGGAGACCUAGUCUUGCCAGCGAUAAUGAAGGCGCUUUACGGAAGGCCGAAGCAGGCUGGAAGACGAAAUGGCAGGAUGGCAACGGUAAGAGUAAGGGGCGACCUGACGGGAAGAGCGCGGCUGGGGGGCAGGAGAUAGAUAGAGGGAUGGCGCUAGAGAUGGAUGAUAUGAGGCCGUUAUGUGGCGGGAGGGAAUUUAGCCGUGUGGAUGUGAAUGUGGGUGUGGGUACGCCCGAGAAUGUGCGGCUAGGCGAUAUUAGAGUUGCGACUACAUGGGAGGUAACACAGGCUGGUAGGGUAGCAAAUGUAUAA